AUGUCUCAAAGUAUCGCAGACAAAGACGACCACAUGCCUGACAACAAAAAGGGCAUUUCCCUGCCUAUUUCCAGAGUUCGCUUGAUUAUGAAGAGCUCACCGGACGUGUCCAAUAUUAACCAGGAAGCGCUUUUCCUCACCACCAAGGCAACGGAGCUGUUUGUUCAACACUUGGCGCUGUCUUCAUUCAACAACAGCCAAGGAAAGGAAAGCAAUAGUUUGUCAUACAGUGACUUGGCCAACGCUGCUGAGGAAAUGGAAACAUUCCAGUUUCUAACAGACAUCCUACCCAAAAAAAUUCUGGCAUCCGAAUACCUCAAGUCUUUGGAGCAGAUGCAAGAAGAAGAAGAAGCAGAAGAAGCUGACUUGUAA